GAUCCAUCUUUUUUAGAUACUAAAGUUAUAAAGCCAUAUAUUUUUCUUAUAUGUAUCCUUCUCCUUCACACUUCACACAAAACCUCCAAAACAAGAAAGCAAUUCUACUCUGAUGAGCUGCAAAAAGAAUUAAUGGUGAAGAGCAUCGUAGAGCAGAAGAAGGUGACCAAGUCUUCCGGCCCCGGCGUGGUGGCGGCGGCGGCGAUGAUAAAGAAGAAGUUCAAAGGCGUGAGGAUGAGAAGCUGGGGAUCUUGGGUAUCGGAGAUCCGAGCUCCGAAUCAGAAGGCGCGGAUAUGGCUCGGCUCACAUUCCUCCCCGGAAUCCGCCGCCAGAGCCUACGACGCCGCACUCCUAUGCCUCAGAGGCGCCGCCGCUUCCGCCACUCUCAACUUCCCUCUCCGCCUCGCCUCCUACUACAUUCCGCCUUCCGACGCCGUCUUGUCGCCGAAAUCCAUCCAGCGCAUCGCCGCCGCCGCCGCCGCCGCCGCCGGACCUAUCCCCACACCGCCUCCCGCGUUUCCCCCUUCUUGCUCCGGCGAGUCUCCUCCGCUUUGGGAAGCCGCCAGCUUUGAAGACGGCGGCGCGGCUCCUGAUAACCCGGCUCCGGCGGCUAUAAUGGCGUGUAGCUGGUACAACCUCGACUCCCCAAAGUACAUGUUUAUGAACGAGGGUUUGCUUGACCCACCGGAGCUGGUUGACCAUCUGAACGAAGAUUUUGGAGACAUUCGGCUAUGGAGCUUCAACUGAUGAUACUACAUCAAUUCAUUUUUUUUUAUCAGUUACUACGUACUACGUAUUAUUUAUUUAUUUAUUUAUUUAUUUUGACAGUAUCAGUUAUUAUUUAUUUUAUACUACGUACAAGAAGAAAUCUAAAUUGGAUUCAAUACCAAGAAGUUGAAUAAUUCUUCAACUUUGGGGACACCAAAAUGCAUUUGGAUAAAUGGUACACGAAGUUACGGCCAAAUAAGUUAAAUGGCCUUAUUCAUACUA